AAUUUGAAAAUGUAAUAUUACUGGUUUAUCAGAGAGUUCAUAUCCAGGCUACCACAUUGAGCUACUAUGCGUGUACUCAUCUCAUGUAAGAUGUAUUCGCCUCCUACCAAUUGAGAACCUUUGUUUGGUUGUCCUCAGCAGUGGUAGUGUUGACAUGUGGUACGUAUCUAGUCUUCUUGCAAUAAAACAAAGUCAGAUUUAUCACACUGGUUCUGAAUGGAUGGAUUACGAUGCGACAAGUGACAAUGGUGACAUAUACUACACGGACGGAGAUCAGCUGGUGCGACUGAGAUUUAUGUACAACAUCCAGCUUGACGAGUGCUUUGUCCACACCUUGAUUAAGCCAGUGAUCGGCAUUCAGGCCUGCACUUGGGUAGACCAUAGAAAAGAAUUGGCCUGUCUGAGCGACAAUAACAUAUUUUACUGCAUUGGCUUUAACUUACCUAUACAGAAAUCAUCUGGUCCGAUUCUAAAAAUUUUGGCUUCAGACCUAAAUCACCCAAUGGGAUUGAGACAAAAUUCCAUAGUCUCGCGGUUUGAAAAAAGGCAGCAACAUUUGUUUGAGCGAGAGCUACAGAAGGAGUACGAAAUGCAAAAACUAAUUUCUGUAAGUAAAGACGUCAACAUAUUUAGUGCGGUACUUAAAAUGUCUGUAGAAUUCCAUAGCCACGUACCUAGCUGUCACAGCGUCGCUGUGCAUUUACAGCUGGCGCAGGAUCAGGGUCUUCGCGCAGGUUGCAUUUAUGCAUUGUUUAACCUUAUAUCUAUUGAGAACCAGCGCCUGUUGCACAGUUCCCAUUGGAAAGUUUUAAUAUUCCACGACAACCAAGCCCACGCCUUCCUGUUGCCCACAGAAAUACUCGUAAAGAAAAAGUGUCGAAUAGUGGUGGCUUUAAAAAAGCUGAGAAACGAACAUCUGCCUUAUUUUAAAAUACAGCUGGUGGGUUUAAUUAAAGUACCUAGAAAAAUGUGUGCUUUACUAUUUCCAUUAUCAAUAGAAAAAAGUGGAAAUACUUAUUGUGCUCUAUUUAGUAAAUGUUCAACGGCUGGAAACUUUUCUCAAGAUAAUCAAAUGCAGCUAUAUAAAGAACUAUGUGGUCCAUUAUUAACACAGGCUAUAAGGAAAGCAGAUCAUUUCACAAUUUCACGCAUAGCGUCUUUAUUUUACGCUUCUAGUUACGUUAACGGGAACACUCUAGAAUUGUACUUUUCAGACGAAAAGCUACACCACAAUGCAACGAAAAGUAUUUUCAAAGGUAUAUUGGAAAGUAAUGAUGCUUCAGCGAUCUACUAUUUCAAGAAACAUAUUAUUUCUAACGCGGAAGUACUGGAUAUAGAAGAUUCACAAGAUUAUAAUGAUAUUUCUUUUGGUAACGUAAUGAAAUUUCAGACCGAAUCUGAGCUGUUGUACGGUUUGAAGAGCAACGAUGUUUUGGACUGCGGUACGAAAAUUGCAAUAAAUCCCAAAUACUCUGCUAUAAGGAAUACUAUUUUUUAAAUAAAAUAAAAACUGCAAAAUAUUAAACAA